UUACAAAGUUCGUAUAAACAAGGGGAGCUAGGACAGGUACUAUCCACCAGAAGCUUUAACAAACCAUCGGCCUUCAAUGGCCAAGCACUCAAUCUUCCUGCAAAUUCUUCUCUUCGUUCACUGCACAUUCUUCAUCGUCUUCCCCGGCCCCGGCGCCGGCAGGCAAGAUCAUCGCGCUGCACUAUUCGUCUUCGGCGACUCGCUCUUCGACGUCGGAAACAACAACUACAUCAACACAUCCACCACUUUCCAGGCCAAUUUCUGGCCUUACGGACAAACCUUCUUCAAGUAUCCCACCGGCCGCUUGAUCCCUGAUUUCAUCGCUGAGUAUGCAGACCUUCCAUUGCUUCCGCCAUAUAAGCAUCCUGGCAACCAUCGAUUUGUUGGAGGCCUGAAUUUUGCGUCUUCUGGGGCUGGCGUUUUACCUGAAACCUACCAAGAACUGGUGAUUGACAUUCACAUGCAGGCGCUCCACUUUAAGAAAACCGAGGAGUUGUUGGAGCAGCAGCUCGGCGGCGGCAAUGUUGAAGCCAAGAGAACACUGUUGUCAAGGGCCGUCUACUUGUUCAGCGUCGGAGCCAACGAUUACGUCUCCCCCUUCUGGACCAACACCGCCGACGGCGUCUUUCACCGGUAUUCUCGGGAAGAGUACGUCGGGAUGGUGAUCGGAAACUUGACACUUGUUAUCACAGAAAUACACAAGGCGGGAGGAAGGAAAUUUGGUUUUGUUGGGCUGGCCCCAAUGGGCUGUGCCCCAAUGAUGAGGGCAGUUAGCCCAACAGACACAGGCGAUGAUAGCUGCUAUGAAGAUGUGAAUGCCCUUAUAAAGCUGCACAAUGCUGCCCUUUCACAACUCCUCAGAACCCUAGAAAGCGAGCUUCAAGGAUUCAAAUACUCACUUUUCGACUUCUAUACUUCGGCCAUGGAGAGAAUCAACAACCCAUCAAAAUAUGGUUUCAAGGAAGGGAAACAUGCAUGCUGUGGGUCAGGACCGUAUGGAGGGUUUCUCAGCUGUGGAGAGAAGAGAGGAUUGGAGUAUGAGUUAUGUGGCAACCCAAGCGAGUAUGUGUUCUUUGAUCUUGUUCAUCCGUCUGAUACUGCUUAUGAGCAAUUCUCUGAGCUCAUGUGGAGUGGGCCUCCAAGUGUUGUGUGGCCCAACAAUCUUAGGGCUCUGUUCGAAUCCAGUGUGGAAGACUGUAUGGUCCCACCCAGUGGGGUGUCGGUUGAAUUGUAAUUGGAAAAUGCCUGUUGAACACUAUCGUGAUAUUUGUAUAUUUUGCAUUACAUUUUAGGUGAAAUUAAAUAAAUGUAUAACAUAUUAAAAGGUCAAUUUAUCC